AUCCUUUAUAUUUUCAGAAUCGUACAAAAUAAGUUCCAAAGUUACAUUAAAAAAAUAAUGGAAAUAGCUGGCAAAUAUUAGGAUAAAUGAUGUGCGAGAUGCAAAUGAGGGAAAGCUUUGCAAAAAUAAAUUGAGAACAUUAAAUGGAAACACUUGAACUACAGAACUUAUUAAACUUAUUAAACAGUAAAAACUCUUCUUCGGACAUCAUGGAAAAUCUUCAUAAAUUCUUGUUAGAUGCCAUAGAGAGCAAGAAUUUUCAGUGUUUCAAACAGAUUGUGGAGGAAAAUUUGGAAAAGCAACCAACCAUUGUCAAAUAUGUCGAUCCGGACACAAGAGAUACAUACCUCGAUAAAACCAGUAGAGAGGGCUUAACAGAAUUUGUAAAGUUUUUAUUGUGUAUUGAAGGAGCAGAAAUCAACAGAGUGAACGAAAUGCACAAUUGUGCUCCCAUUCAUUUUGCUACUAUGGGUGGACACGUAGAUACAUUGACAGUUUUGUUAACACAACAUACAAUAGAUGUAGAUCUGGAGGUGGAACAACGAACUGCUCUGCACAUCGCACUAGAAAACAAUGAUCUGAAAUGUGCCGUUCUACUGCUAGAGAAAGGCGCCAGCGUUAAUAUUCUUGACAAUGAGAAUCGAACAGCCCUUCAUCUGGCAGCAAUAAAGAAUCAACACGGCAUAGUGAAGAUGAUACUGGAUAAAUACACACAGUGCCUGGAAGUUGACAGAUAUAAAGAUUGUGACAAUCAGACUACACGAGAAGUAAUCGAGCGAAAGUUUCCGGAAUUGAAAAAAGAAUUGUCGGAAAAAUUACCGUUUAAAGAUAAAAAUUCGAAAAUAAAUACGCAAGACCUCAAAUACCACUUAAAUAACAAAGAUGAAGCAAAUUUUCUAAAAUGUAUAGAGCUUUUCCAAGAAGAAAUUUCUCCUAAUAUUAUUGAGAAUUUGUUAACAAAGUCCAUGCAAUAUAAUUUUCAACAAGCUGUAAUAGCAAUUCUAAAUAAAUUUAAAGGAAAGCACUUUAAUGUAAAGAAAGUUAUAUGUGAGACUGUUCAGAAUGGUCAUCUUACUAUUCUUAAGGAAUUAUUGAAAGUAAAACCCCAGAUGAUCAAUGAUCUACUUUUGAGUGUUUGUCAGGAACUAGAAAUAUCGCCUGAACGAGAAAAUGACAACUUACUGAAGUGUCUGAAAUUGAUUCUAGAACAGGAUAAUGCGGAUGUUCGUUGCACUGACAUUUCAGAUGCUAAAAUGGACCUUGAAGUGAAUUCAGAACAGGAUUGUUUACUGAGCAAAUUUCCAACUAAUACAGACAUCGUUUUUCACAAAUUAUUGUCAAAUGCUUUACAAUCCAAAGAUUUUUGUUCUUUCGAAAAAGCUAUAAUAUAUAAGAAACAGUCAACUAAUACUUUAAACAUCGAUUAUAUAGAUUCAAAUACGCAAGAAACAUACCUUGAUACAGCAAGUAAAAAUGGCCUGACAAAGUUUGUGGAGUUUUUAUUACGUCAAGGUGCGAAACCUAACCGAGUGAACGAAUUGCAAAAACGUGCUCCUAUUCAUUUCGCCACAGAAGGUGGACAUGUGGACACGUUAGCAGUUUUAUUGGCAGAACCGACAAUAAAUCUAAAUCUCGAAGCAGAUCGACAGACUGCCUUGCACAUUGCGGUGAGAAGGAAUCAUCAAACAUGUGCCGAUUUAUUAUUGAAAAAACAUGCUAGCGUUAAUAUUCCAAAUAGCAAAGGCUUGACAGCUCUCCAUUUGGCGGCGAUCAACGGCCAACGAGACAUGGUGAAAUUGAUAUUAGAGAAAAACAGGAUUUUGACACUUGAUCUAGAUAUUGAUACUUACAAAGACUGGGGAAAACGGACUGCGCGAGAUGUAAUUCAGAACAAAAUGUCGGAUUUGUUGAAGUUGUGUCCGCCCAAAAACGAAAAUCGUGAGGUAAAUGCGCACGUUCUUAAGUAUUACCUGGAUGCCAAUGACGAAAAAAACUUCCUGGAAAGUAUGAAGCGUGUCAAAAUAGAGGUUCUUCACGACAGUGAAGUCGAAGAGUUGUUAGAGAUGGCUGUACAACGCAAUUUUUACAGAUCUGUAAUUAAAAUCUUGGAAAAAUUCAAAGGAAGACAGUUCAGCAUACAGAAAGCCGCAGAAGCAGCCGUAUUGCACAGUCAUAGCGCUAUCCUUCAGAAAUUGCUGUGUGAGGAACCAAAAAUGGCCAAUAACUUGGUACUCAGCGCCUGUCAACAGCUGGGAAUACCAGAAAAACAAAAAGUCAAUGAUACAUCUCAUCGACUGGAAUGUCUAAAAUUAAUUUUAGAACAAGACGUGGACGUUCAUUGUACAGAUAAUAGGGGCAAUACGCCAUUGCAUUACGCAGCCAUGGCAGACUGUGCCGAAGCGAUAACUUUGCUCUUAAAUCGAGGCAGUUACAUUGGUCAUAUGAACAAGUUUGACAUUCCACCCAUUGAGGAUGUUCCAGCUUGUAUGCUAUCACGCUAUUUCGACGACUGCCUUCGAAUGACGAAAGAAUGGGGUGAAUACAAGAUUGAAUUCGAUUAUCGUUGUUUGAUGCCGCAUAACAUUUUAAAAAGACAUGACGAAACUCGUCAGCCAACUUGUGAGAUGGAAGUUUUCAAGUACAUAGCCAGCAAUAAUAAUCUCAAACACUUGCUAAAGCACCCAAUACUCUCAUCUUUUCUGUACCUCAAAUGGCACAAAAUACGCCACAUUAUGUGGGUAAAACUUUUUUUCUACCUAGGUUUCUUUAGCGUGCUGAAUCUUCUGCUAUUAUAUUAUGUCUUCAGUAUGAGUAAUUCUUCGAAUAAAAAUAGUACAUACAUAGCUAAUAACAGUUACAAUAUGACUUUGGAAAAACCUUUGCAAAUUGUCUAUCAGAACAACCGUUCACUGAAUGCUAUUAUUUUAUCAUUAUUGGUGCCCUUUACUUUGUGGAAGAUUCUUCAAUGCUGUUUUUGUCGUUUGCAUUAUUUGGUUACCUUUGAAAAUUUCUUACAGUUUAUAAUAAUAGUGCUAACAGUUGCCUUGACAGUCAAUGCAAAUUUCGAGAUUGGUAUUGUUUUAAUUUUACUGUCAGCUUGGGAAGUGAUAAUACUGAUUAGUCAAUUUGGAGUCGAUACGUCUACUAGCUUUGAAAUGUUCCAGAAGAUUAGUGUCAAUUAUAUGCGUUUAUUUUGUCCAUAUAUAAUCAUCAUCUCUGAGUUUGCUCUGAUUUUCUAUAUACUCUUCAAGAAUAAUAAAAAUUUUUCUGAUUUUGAACGUUCAUUCUUUAAGACCGUCAUCGUGCUUAUCGGUGAGUUUGAAGCCAGCAAUAUUAUUUUGCACUCCAUUUUUAGCCAUAUUAUAUUCACAUUGUAUGUCUUCUUCAUUGCUAUCGUACUGUUUAAUCUGCUCAACGGUUUGGCAGUCAACAAUACCGCUGAGAUCUUAGGUGAAGUCGAGGUAACUAGACUCAUUUCUAAGAUAUACACAAUCGCUUUUAUCGAAGAUAUAGCAGUUGGUAAAGUGUUCAAAUGUUACUUCUGCUGUAGAAAUUCCGAGUUGUCACGAUGGCAUCUAUUCAGCUUUCUCGCCAGGUCGAUUUUUCUGUUUCCACAUUAUUUGAGAAGUGGCAAACUCAACGUCAAGUUGUCCGACAAUGCAAACAACUAUUGUUGUAAUGGAUAUCGCAAAAUCGUAACGAAAUAUUGUAAUACUUGUAAUGAGUCUGUAAAUUGUGAUAAAUAUUGGAUCGCACAAAGAAUGGAUUCUAAUAUAAUUAAACAAGUUAAACAGAUUGUUUUAAACAAGAAUCAAUUAUCAGACAACGAAAAAAUAAUAAUGGAAAUAACUAAGUUGCGGGAGCAAAUGACGGCGAUAGAGGCCACUUUAAAGCACGGCUUUAAAGCUCAAAAUUGAAAGUAUCACUAUCAAAAAUACAGUCUAGUCCGUGGGAAAAAGUUGUACGUAUGAAUUUGAAUAACUGUAUAUAAAAUUAGGUACAUAUACAUAUAUACUAUACGGAAUGUUCGGCACCAGGUAGAAGAAAAUUUAAAACGUGGUUAAAAUAAAUAAGAUGAGAAUUAAAAAUAGCAAAAUUAUAAUUAAAGCUUCGUUUCUUAAUAUUUAAAUAUUAGGUGUUUCAGACUCUUUUUAUAUAUUUAAACAUUUAAAAAUACAAUAUCAAAUAAUAACAUUUCAAUGGAAAAGUUUCGUUAGUAAGCUAUAAUAUCUAAAUAUUUAGGAAAGCAUAUAUAGUGACACUGUGUCAACUAUGUCGUUUACUAGAAAGCUCCCACAAUUACACACAUAAAAUGUGUCAUUGUUUUGAGUCAUUCUUCACGUAGAACAUAGUCAUAAUAACAUUAUAAGAAUGUCAUCAUGGCUUUAUUUAUCACUUACAUAUUAUGUGGUAUUAUAUGUAUAAGCAUAUCUAAAACUUUUAUCAUAUGAUAUCAUCGAGUAACAAAUAAUAUCUUUAUAAUAUUAUGAUUUUCUGUAUUCUAUUUGGAUCUAUAAAUACCAAUCUAUUAUAAUUAUAUUUUUGACGAUAAAAUAUAAUGUUGAUAUAAAAAAGUGAAAUAAAAAAAGCUUUUAGCUAUAAAUCAACAUUGCGAAAUAUUAUGUAAUACAAUGUAUGGCUGUUUUCCAAGACACACUGUGUUUCACUGUGAUGUUCUUAUUGGAAUGGUUGAAACUCUAGACUUAAGUAGAAACAAUUUAAUAAUAUCGAUGCUAAUAAGCAUUUAAAAAAAUUUGUUAUUGAAACUGAUAUUAGAAAUUAUCAUUAAUAUUAUAUGUUAAAUAUAAAAUUUCUUGAAAAAUUAAUAACACUUACAUAUUUUAUAUACUCGGACUCAGCUUUUUUAUAGUGUUACAAUUAGAAUAUUUUAUGUUGGACAUUGUGUUACACUGUAUUAUCUAUGUACUUUGUUAGAAAACAUCUAUCAGCUAAUCAAAUCUUCUACUGCAAGGAAAAAGUUAAACUCUGUCCAACUUUGAUUGGCUGCCACGUUAACUUCAGCCGCGCAACAAGUUUACCGCGUUCUGUACAGGAGUUAUUAGAUUUAUAGAGACCUAACUUCUUAAAUCUUAAAAUAAUUCUUGCUCCUUGGGUCUGUACAGUCCCAAAUAACACCCUGUAUAAUAAAUAUUUAAAUUCAUUUUUUAAUAUAUUCUUCAUAUUUUUUAUUGUUUAAUAGAUUUUUAUAAAAUAACUUAUUCUGUAUAAAUAGACUCCUACAUAAAAUUAUAUAAAAACUUAAUUUUAUAAAUCAAUAUUAAACAAUACUGCCAACUAUAUUAUAUUUUAUUGACAUAGAUUUAAUUCCUCUAACAUGUAAUUACUUUGAUUAGAAUUGUAUUGAGUUUAAUGACUCAUCAAAGUAAAUUUACCUAAAUAUUACAUGAUAUACAAAUACAAAUGUGGAUAUAUUGUUGUACAAUUUAUAUAACAUACAACAAAUAUGAUUUCAGUGCUUUUUAAAAUUAUGUUUUAC